ACACAGGAGGGAACUAAACAGUGUAAGAGGAAACCGACGUUAAGACCCAGAAUUUCGACACACAUGAAAAAGCGGUUGUCACUGCCUUCGUGGUGCAGUAUGGCAUUCGGACCUGGUGUCCUCUGCCUGCUCCUAUGGGCAAUAACAGGUUCCAGUUGUGAGCAGUGCAGAGAAGGAGCCGCGUACUCAGGUGCAGUAAUAUCUCCCAACUUAGAAACCACUAAAAUUAUGCGAGUUCCUCAUGCCAUGUCAGUGUCCGACUGCAUCGCAGCUUGUUGUGACCUCUCUGGUUGUGACUUGUCCUGGAUGUUUGAACAACGUUGUUACAUCGUGAACUGCCAACACGAAGAGAAUUGUAAACCUAAAAAAAUUGAAACUGUAAAGUCCUAUCUUACUUUUGUGCUGAGGCCUUCUCAGAGGCGAGCCUCGCUGCUAGGACUUGGGCAAGUGAUCCCAAGCAUGGUCCACUCUCUGGGACACCAGAAUGAGCCAUCUGAGGAAGUGAGUAGCCUGAAGAAGCUGUCUCUGCUUGGCAAAGAUCCCAGCCUUGAGGAGAUACCUGAAUACAUUGAUGAUUAUAAAGAGUUGGAGGAGGACCCAUUUCAGAUGGGCAUCAAACAUGAGCAGAAGGAGAGCACAGAUUAUGCUGACUGGGGCCUGAUGAUGGCAGGUGAAAAUGGCUUCAAUGCUUCCACAAGUGAUGACGGAGAUAACCAGGAAGACUUUGCUGAAAAGAAAGGGGAGGCUGUGAAGGUGGAAGGCCUUUCAAAUAAAAAUGUCUCUGAAUUGAACUCUGUCGCUGAACACUCCAUAGACAAGUUGUCAUCCCUCCUGGAGAUUACACCAUUCCCUGGGAAGACAUUUGAAAGGGAAGCAGCUGUUCAACUUCUUGCGCAACCUGAUGAUGCUUUGCAAAAAGAGGCUGCUACACCUUCCUCUUCUUCAGAUAAAUUGGAUUUCUUCCCAGGCGUGUCAGAGAAAACCCAGACUCCCACAGUGUCCCCUGAGAACGUCACUGAAGGUGGGAUCAUGUUACUUCCCACUAAUACUGUGCCGUCUGAGCCCAUGCAGCAGUUCACGCCACCUGCUACUGCUGCUAAAGCAGAUACAGUAAAAGAACUUAUUGUGUCUGCUGGAGAUAACAUACAAGUGAUGCUACCCAAAAAUGAGGUUGAACUGAAUGCCUUUGCCGUCCCACCACCAUCUACAGAAACAGCUUACACCUAUGAGUGGAGCCUUAUCAGCCACCCUGCUGACUAUGGUGGUGAAAUGGAGUACAGGCACAGCCAGACUUUGAAGCUCUCUCAUUUAUCAGUGGGACUUUAUGCCUUCAAAGUGACAGUUUCUGGUGUAAAUGCCUUUGGUGAAGGUUUUGUAAAUGUCACAGUCAAACCAGCCCUCAGAGUUAACCAGCCGCCUGUCGCUGUUGCUUCCCCCAAAGUGCAAGAAGUUUCUUUGCCUACAACUUCCACCUUCAUCGAUGGCAGUCAAAGUAUAGAUGAUAUGAAGAUAGUGAGUUACCACUGGGAAGAAAUUAAAGGUCCCUUGCGAGAGCAGAAGGCAUCUGCUGACACACCUGUCUUGCACUUGUCUAACCUUGUUCCUGGAAACUACACUUUCAGACUCACAGUGAUUGAUUCAGAUGGAGCAGCCAACUCCACCAUUGCUUUUCUGACUGUCAACAGACCAGUGGAUUACCCACCUAUUGCUAAUGCAGGACCUAAUCAGGCAGUCACCUUGCCCCAGAACUUCAUCACGCUAAAUGGAAACCAAAGCAGUGACGACCAUGAAAUUGUCAGCUAUGAGUGGUCCCUCAGUCCCAAAAGCAAAGGCAAGGUUGUAGCAAUGCAGGGAGUGCGGACGCCGUACCUCCAGUUAUCUGCAAUGCAGGAAGGAGAUUACACGUUUCAGCUGACUGUCACAGACUCUGCGAGGCAGCGGUCCACGGCUGAGGUCACACUCAUCGUGCAACCUGAAAAUAACAGUCCUCCAGUAGCAGUGGCUGGCCCUGACAAAGAAUUGACCUUCCCAGUAGAAAGUGCUACACUGGAUGGAAGCAAAAGCCAAGAUGACCAAGGCAUUGUCUUCUAUCAUUGGGAAAAUAUCAGUGGACCAAGCUCUGUACAGAUGGAAAAUGAUGACAAAGCGAUAGCAACUGUGACUGGUCUUCAAGUUGGUACCUAUCGCUUCAGGCUGACUGUGAAAGACCAACAGGGCUUAAGCAGUGCAUCUGUGCUGUCUAUAACUGUGAAGGAAGAAAAUAACAGUCCACCUCGGGCGCACGCUGGUGGGAAACAUGUUCUCGUGCUUCCAAAUAACUCUGUUACCUUGGAUGGCUCAAGAUCUGCUGAUGACCAGGGGAUUGUGUCAUAUUUGUGGAUUCGGGACGGUCAAAGCCCAGCAGCUGGGGAUGUGAUCCAUGGCUCGGACCACGAGGCAGUACUGCAGCUAACUAAUCUGGUGGAAGGAACCUAUACUUUCCACUUGAAAGUGACGGAUGCUAAAGGAGACUCAGAUGUUGAUUCAGCAACUGUUGAAGUGCGGCCUGAUCCCAAAAGGAAUGGUCUGGUGGAGCUGAUUCUGCAGGUUGGAGUGGGACAGCUGAGUGAACAGCAGAAGGACACUCUGGUGAGACAGCUGGCUGUAUUGCUGAAUGUUUUGGAUUCAGAUAUCAAAGUUCAGAAGAUACAAGCCUACUCAGAUAUAAGCACCGCAGUUGUGUUCUACGUGCAGAACGGGCAUCCUUCCACGGUGAUCAAGGCAUCAGAUGUCUCAAGAACUCUGCACCUGCAGCUCUUGAAACAGAAGGCUGACUUCCUGCUCUUUAAAGUCCUGCGAGUUGACACGGCUGCCUGUCUUUUGAAAUGCUCUGGACACGGGCACUGUGACCCCAUAACAAAGCGCUGCAUUUGCUACCAGCUGUGGAUGGAAAACUUGAUACAUCGUUAUCUAAAUGAUGGAGAGAGUAAUUGUGAGUGGAGUAUACUCUAUGUGACUGUAUCUGUUUUUAUUUUGAUUGUGGUCAUGGUAGGGCUUGCCUGGUUCUGCAUCUGCUGCUGCAAGAGCAGAAAGAGGACAAAGAUAAGAAGGAAAACAAAAUAUACCAUCCUAGAUAACAUAGAUGAGCAGGAGAGAAUGGAGCUACGACCCAAAUACGGUAUAAAACACAGAAGUACAGAGCACAACUCCAGUCUGAUGGUCUCCGAGUCAGAGUUUGACAGUGAUCAGGACACUAUCUUCAGCAGAGAAAAGAUUGAAAGAGAGAAUCCUAGAACACUUAUGAAUGGAUCCAUCAGAAAUGGAGUUUCCUUCAACUACAGCUCCAAAGACAGAUAACUGAAUGAGGGUAAAAGCACAGAACAUGCUGGUGCGACACAUCUGAAACAUGUUGGCUCACCUCUGUUUUUUCUAGAACCAAAAGCUUCCUAAAUUAUCAAUUAAUUGCAGAUGAAAGGGUAAAUUUUUAACACAGGUAGAGGAAGGAAGAAUGAAGGAAGAAAGAUUAGAUGGUCCACUAACUCUUCUUGUCACCAUUAUAGGAACAAGGAAAAGCACAUCUUAUUUUUUCCAUGUUCCAUGCUGAAUGUUUGUCUGAACUUCUGAAGACCCUUUUUUCUAUGUCACUGCUACAAAAUUAGCCGGGGCUGUUGUGCUACAGACUGUGAUAACUAACAAUGGCAUAUGGAUUCAUGUCCUGUGCUCCUAGCACUCUCUUGGAGAAGCAGUGUGGUUUAUAACAGCAAAAGCCAAUAUAGAUAAAUUCCAUUACAACUAUAGAGAGUAAUAUGUGGCCACAGACUCCAUCUUAAUUUUCAGUUCAGGAUGGAAACACAGAGCAUUUUUAGUGCAUUGUGUUUAUCUUACUGCGCUUUGUGAAUUCUUUUU